UCUCACUGCCACGUGAACAUGCUCAUCAAAGGCUGCAAGAAGCAAGAACCAAACGGCGUCAUUCCGCAUCUCCCCCUCAUGACCGACCUCCUACGCAAAUGCAUUUCCACUCUGCGUUCCGGUUACUCCUCUAAUCUCAUAGACAGGACCCUGGAGUCCACGUUCCUACUAGCUUUUUUCGGCUUCCUCCGCUGUUCUGAAUUCGCUCUAACUUCCUCCAUCCAUAAUCCUCUCAUUCAUCCUUGCCUUUCAGAUAUUUCCAUUCUCAGCCACGACAUCAUGAUUUUUACUCUGCGGAAAAGUAAGACCGAUCAGCUCGCCGUCUCUUGUCCCAUCUAUCUUUUCCGCCUCGAUUCCUCCCUCAGCCCGUACGAGCCCAUCUUCAAUUAUGUCCAGUCCCGAUUCGCCGCUAAAGCUUCUCCUCAAGAUCCUCUCUUCAUUUCUGAACCAGGAAAACAAGCUUCUCGCUUCUGGUUCUCCCGUCAUUUCCGCCAGGUCUUAUUGUUAUCAGGCAUUUCACCCGAUCAUUACUCCGCCCAUUCAUUCCGCAUCGGCGCAGCCUCGUCCGCAUCUAGUCAGGGCGUCCCAGACCACACGAUCCAAAUCCUGGGUCCCUGGUCCUCGCAAGCCUACCAUUCGUAACAA